CAGAAGUAGAAUAUGUCCGCCUCUGUCUUCUAUCACGUCCUCACACAGACUUUGAAUAGCUGUGACUGACUGUAACAUCAUCGACUAACUCUCAACCGACCAGAGAAGAUGAGCGGACGCGGCAAGGGAGGAAAAGGACUCGGUAAAGGAGGCGCCAAGCGUCACCGUAAAGUUCUCCGUGAUAACAUCCAGGGCAUCACCAAGCCCGCCAUCCGCCGCCUGGCUCGCCGUGGCGGAGUGAAGCGCAUCUCCGGUCUGAUCUACGAGGAGACCCGCGGUGUGUUGAAGGUUUUCCUGGAGAACGUGAUCCGUGACGCCGUCACCUACACCGAGCACGCCAAGAGGAAGACCGUGACCGCCAUGGACGUGGUGUAUGCUCUGAAGAGGCAGGGCCGCACUCUGUACGGCUUCGGAGGAUAAACCACCAGCACCUGAACGCACCACCACCACCAACAACACAACGGCUCUUUUAAGAGCCAAACACUCAGUCCCUGAGAGCUCUCAUCCUCUGAUGCACACACACACACACACACACACACACACACACACACACACACACACACACACACACACACACAGUGGGAAAAUUAUAUAUCAAUACAACAAUGUGGCUCCAUGUGACCACUGCUAGUUUACCAACAUACUAGACACGUCUAUUAUUUUCUACAUGUGUCAAUAGGGUGUUUAAAAUCAUCUAUUCUGUAUAUUUGUGUAUUCUACCACAUGCCGUCUUGCAUCACAUCAAUCCACUUUGCUUUUCUUUCUCUGAGCAAUAUUUUUACAGAAAUGUAUCUUUAACUCCAAACCCAAAUUUAUGGUCAAGGCCUCCAUCUUUCCUGUUCCUGUACAUGAGAUUCCUUCCUGUAACUUCAUUUAAUGUUUUGUCUGUGGCAAGAAAGACUAAAUAAAAAAAUAUGAACA